AUGUUUCACAUUUGUUUUUUUCUUUGGUUACUCUUUAAUUUAAUUAUAUUCAUCAACGGCAAUCAUUUUCUUGGUGGUACUAUUACAUGGCAACCACUGAAUAAGUCGGCUAGUGGCACACCUGUUGCUAUUGUUAUAACCCAAACAUAUUCGUGGUCUACGUCGUAUGUCAAAUGUAAUUCUACACAAAUUGCAAAUAGCGAACUAAUAUCGACAGACCUUUCAUACAAUGGCAUCAAUAAUACACUUGAUUGCAUUAUCAACUGUGGUUCUGGUUCAGUUGGUUAUAUAGCUCCACCAAUAAUUCCAUUCUGCACGGAUGCAUCCUCUAAACAAGGUACUGUUGUUGGUCAACGCUCAGAUAUUGUUUAUUUACAGGAAAACGAUGAUUUUACUGCUGCGUUUCAAGAUACUGGUUGGCGUGUGCUAACAGCUAGUUCUUCAAAUAUUUGGUCUCUUGCUUCACGUAUAGCUAUACAACCACGAUCUGACAAUGGCUUGUAUAACACUGCUCCAGUAGCCACCGUCAUGUCUCCAAUUAAUAUUCCUAAUAAUCAAACAUCAGUUAUCUCUGUACCAGUAGGUGAUGCCGAUGGAGAUACGACAAAAUGUCGAUGGGCUAAUGGUUCUAACGAGUGCGGCGGUGUGUGUCCACCCAGUUCACUUCCACCAAACACAAGCAUUUAUCCCAAUUGUACGAUCGUGAUAACGGGUCAGAAUAUUGGCGAUUGGUUCGCUGUGGCCCUCGUGGUUGAAGAUUUUAUUAAUUCUUCGAGCACUUUUCCACUAAGUUCUGUACCCGUUCAAUUUCUUGUGCAAGUAGUUACUCCACCUUCUUGCUCAAUUCCACCUGAUAUAAUCGGACUACCUGCUGAACAAUCGUGCAUACCAGUUAAAGUCGGUGAAAUAUUUAAUUCACAGUUGAUUGCAAUUAACUAUUGUGGAGCAAAUAUAACAAUUCAGGAUAUUGCGACGCUGUCUUUUUCGGGUAUGACCAAAAGUGCAAUUACAAAAUUGAAUGCAACCAUCUACUACAAGAAUCUUACAUGGAUUCCGACUUUAAAUCAGCUCGGCUAUCAAGUUAUGUGUGCAAUGGCUAUUAACAGUACCACUGCAAUAACAACAUCAACGACGACAACAACAGAAACAACAUACACAACAUAG